AUGAUCCCAGUGGGAAGCCGAGCUUGCCUCUCACCAUCUGAGCAGGAGCUCCUCAGGGUGAUAAUCAAACCCGAAGUGGCCCCGGCCUCUGCUUCCUUCCCAGCCGGGGCUCUCCGGGGCCAGGGCAAGGAGGAUCCCAAAGCGGAGGAGGACGCGAAAGGCAAGGAGGAAAGUUUCUCCAUGGACAGCGAUCUCGAUUAUAGCUCGGACGACAACAUCCCCGGCCAGGCGGCUCACAAGGAAGAGGACUCUGGCAACGCGCUGGAGGAAAACCCCCAGAACCCCCCCAAUUCCGCCAGCACCACAUCCACGGGCAAAAACCGGCGGAGGCGAACAGCCUUCACCAGCGAGCAGCUGCUGGAGCUGGAGAAGGAGUUCCACUGCAAAAAGUACCUGUCCCUGACAGAGAGGUCCCAGAUCGCUCACGCCCUCAAACUCAGCGAGGUGCAGGUGAAAAUCUGGUUCCAGAACAGGCGGGCCAAAUGGAAACGGGUCAAGGCGGGCAACGCCAACUCCAAGACAGGGGAACCUUCCCGAAACCCCAAGAUCGUGGUGCCCAUCCCGGUGCACGUCAGCAGGUUCGCCAUCAGGAGUCAGCACCAGCAGCUGGAGCAAGCCCGACCCUGAUCUCUCCCUCCUCCUCACAGCCACAAGGGUUUUUUUUUUAAAAAAAAAAAAGGGUAAAAAGUUUCCGACCCGGGGUUUGAAGGCGACUCACCCGAAUAAAAACAGAAUGGAGAGAAGCAAAAAAAAAAAAAAAAAAGAGAGAAACAAACCCCAAAACCCUCAACAACGACAACCACGACAAAAAAAAAAACACCCCACCAAGCCUAAAGCGACAGGAAAAUCAAACAAAACCCGCGGCGAGCGCAUGGCAAAUCCCCACCGCCAGCGAACUUUAAAGCGAAACUUUCCACUCGCCGCCGAGGGAAGAGGCUUGGAAAGUGUUUGGGUUGGGAGCAGGGAUACCCCAGGCUGGAAGAGACCCCCACACCCCUCCCACACACACACACAGAUAUUUAUUGCGAGGCUGCCCCGCUUUGGACACCCUUGGCUGGCGCGGCGGAUGCGGAGCCGGCGCUGGAGCAUCCCCAGCGAAACCCUUUAACCCAUCUUUGGGCUUUUCUUUCUUAUUCGGGGGCGAAAGGUAAAAGAAAAACAACAAAAAAGACGAGAGAACAAACAAACGAACAACAAAAAAACCCGAAAGAAAACUCAGAGUUUCAUUUCAUGCCCUUUUUUAUUUUUUAUUGUUUGGUUUUAUUGCCGAUGGCUGAGUGGCAGGCACUGGGGAAUGAGUUUUGAAAUCUAAUUUUUUUUAAAUUUUUUUAUUUUUUUUUUUUUUUUCCUGGCUUUCUGUCGAUUUGCCUAUUCUACCAAGCCAUGUUUAAAAGGAGAGAAACAGAGGGAGGGGGGGGAAAAAGG